CCCCAGGGCUCAGGUUUCUUGGAGUCUUGAAACAUGUGGUAAACUGUGGUCCACAUGUAGUCCCAACAUUGUUCAUUCUUUGUACAGAUGACUCGUGUAACAGAUGUAGCAGGUGGGGUUUGGGAUGGUGGGAGAGCCCUUAUGUGUAUGUCCAUGUUGAUUUUACUGUGUUGAUUGUUUUUGUGCUAUUGUAUUGUUUAAUUUAUUAUCGUUAUUAUUGUUAAUGUAGUUUGUUUUGUUUAAAUGUUGUCAUUUUUAUGUUUUGUGCCUGAGGACCCCUUCAAAAACAAGAUGGUGCAUCUCAAGGGGUUCAUCCUCUAAUUAAAUUCUGAAAUAAAUAAAUAUUCAGGCCGAUAAGGUUAUUUCUUGGAGUAUAUACUGAAUUUGCUGUAAAUAUUUACAUGACACUGAAUAAUAUCCAUUUUUUCUUUCUUUUUUUAAACUUUAGCUUUCAAGAGAUGAACGUGUCAGCUGCCAAUGUGUCAGUUGUUUUACAGUAUCGAGACUCCUUCACUAAAGCUGUGACCAAGAAUGUAAUUGUUGUGGUUCUCGGGAUCUCCAUCAACUACAUCAAUGCCAGCCUCAUUCACACCUUUCGCAAACACGAGGUCAGGUAUUCCUUUAGUGACGUGUAAACACUAAAAAUGAAUUUACAUCAAUGACAUGUAACCACUAAUAAUGAUUUUACCAAAGAAAUUAUCAGAUGAUUGUGAAAUUGUGCUCUUUUAUGUCACCCACUGGCUUACAAAGGGAGGUUCCUAAAUCAGGAGUUUGGGUUAGCUUUGAGUUUCGACUUUGGGGUUUUGUGUGGGUUUAGUUCGUUCUAAAAUCCUAAUGUGAACAUAAAUGAAUGAAUGAACUUUCACCUUUUUCAUAAAGCAUGACAUCAUGACUUCUUGUUGGGGAGCUGGAGAGUAGAUUUUUUUGUUUUGUUCUAGCCAAUCGGUAGCAAGUGACACACCCAUCCUGCAGAUGUCAUUUUCCAUGGGAAAGAAGCUGGGGACUUGAUUGUUAAGAGAAGUCAACUUGACACUUUUCAUAACAAUGGAAAACAUUUUAAGAAUUUUAGAAUUCUGCAAGUCGAGUAACCAUACAGCUGCAUCAAUCUCAUCAAUGCCUGUGACAUUAUUGUGGCCAGUGAGGUCAGUAACAGGUAGCAGGAAGAUGAGGUCUCCAUUCUUAAUCCCACCUACAAAGUUCUGAUUGGUUGGCUGUUUAUCAAUCCAGCAAAAACAGCCAUCAAUAAGCACAACACCAGAUCUGUAUGAGCCACUGCAUAAAUCAGAGGUGUGGGCAGUGACUCAGAGGCCUGGUACCAGGCUAGGAGCUUAGCUGAAGGAAAAAAGUUUGCUGCACCAUUAAUAAGUAUUUACAUGAAAAUCUCAUUGAAAUGAAAAUAAGAUAUUCAGCAGAUAGCUAAGGGGGGUAGCUGACGAAUGAAAAUGACAACUAGCAGAUACUGAGAGGUCUCUCAUUUCACUCUUGAGCAUAUGAAAUCCCUUUUUCAAGCUCAAAACUCUAUCCUCAGACUCCCAGAAUUUGCAAAUGUUUUCAAAGCUUUUCUCCCUUUGCCUUUACUUUUCUUUCCCAACAUCUAGAUCUUCUACAUGAAUCCCCGGUAUAUCCUUUUUAUUCACCUGGUGGUCAACGACAUGAUUGUAGUGACCCUGACCGUCAUCCUGUUCAUCGUCAGCUACACCCUCUACAAAAUAAAUGUCUCCGUCUGCUGCAUCUACGUCCUGUUUCUUAUUUUCACCACUGAAAACACUCCUCUGAACCUGGCCUGCAUGGCAGUGGAGUGCUAUAUCGCCAUCUGUCUUCCUCUUCGCCACACACAAAUCUGUACCGUCAAGAGAACGUUAAUGCUGAUUGGUUUAAUCUGGACGACAAGCAUCAUCUCUGGUAUUCCUGAUCUCUUCAUCACCUUAGCCACAGAGCCGCUGGACUUCUUUCAUUCCCGAGUCUUCUGCCUCAGAAAAAAUGCCUUCCCACAUCCUCUCCUUGUUAAGAAGAGGGACAUCACAUAUAUAACAUUUCUAGUUAUAGUCUGGAUCACCAUCUUUUACACUUACUUUAAGAUCCUGUUCACUGCAAACACAGAUGCAAAGAAAGCCAGGAACACCAUCCUCCUCCAUGGGUUUCAGCUGCUGCUGUGUAUGUCUUCAUAUGCAACAGCUCUGUUGAAAGAUGCUCUGCAGCGAUGGUUCCCUAAGAAUUAUGCAGACUCCCUCUUUGCUAUCUACAUUAUAGUACAGAUCCUGCCACGAUCCAUUAGUCCAAUCAUAUAUGGCAUACGAGACAAUACUUUCAGGAAGUACCUGAAAAGGCAUCUAUUGUGUAAAGUCAACAAACCAUAAGCAACCAUUCAUAGAGUAUAAUUGAGUCUCUCAAGGUAAACCUUUAGUCAUCUACAAGAUUUCCUGAGCACACUCAUCAGUCCAUACAACUUAGCCUGUGCACUUCUUCCCAUCACACUCUUGAGUUUGAGAGUCUAAAGUUCAGCCAGACACACAGCUGUUAUACAUUUUUGUAAAUCCAGCCACCCAUCCGCUUAUCUGGGACCGGGUUGCAGUGGCAUCAGACUGAACAAAGAAACCCAGACAUCCUUCCUCCUGAGAGAUCCCACAGUAUGCCCAGGCCAGAAGAGAUAUGUAAUUCCUCCAGCAUGUUCUGGUUCUUCCCUGGGGUCUCUACCAGUCAGACAUUCCUGGAACACCUCCAGAGGAAGGAGUCCAGGAGCCAUCCCAACCAGGUGCCCAAACCACCUCAGCUGGCUCCUUUUGAUGUGAAGGAGCAGUGGCUCUACUCCAAGCUUCUCACCCUAUCUCUAAGGCAGACACCCUUCAAAGGAAACUCAUUUCGGCCACUUAUGUCUGUGAUCUCAUUCUUUCAGGCACUACCCAAAGCUUGUGACCAAAGGUAAGGGUUGGGAUGUAGACCGACUGGUAAAUUGGGAGCUUUGCCUUCUGGCUCAGCUCUUUCUUCACCACAGUGGUCUGGUACAAAGCCUGCUACACCAAUCCGCCUGUCGACCUCAUGCUCCAUCUUACCCUCACUUGUGAACAACACCCUGAGAUACAUGAACUCCUUCACUUGGGGCAGCAAUUCACUCCCAAUCCAGAGGGAGCAGCAUUUGGAGGUCCUGACUCUCAUCCCGACCGGUCACAGUGUGUUAAAGCCAACAGAACCACAUCAUCUGCAAAAAGCAGAGAUGCAAUCCUGAGAUCCCCAAACAGGACACUCAACUUACCCCUGCUGUGCCUCGAGAUUGUGUCCAUGAAAAUCAAAAACAGAAUUGGUGACAAGGGACAACCCUGGUGGAGUCCAACACCCACUGAAAAUGAGUCUUACUUACUGCCAAGAAUGCAGACAUAGCUCUCACUUCGGUUAUAUAAGGAUCAAAUGGCUAGCAGCAAUAGCCCUCAUACCCCAUACUCCCACAGCACCACCCACAAGGUGCCCCGAGGGACAUGGUCGUAAGCCUUCUCCAAGUCCAUAAAGCACAUGUAGACUGGAUGAACAAACUCCCAAGACCCCUCAAGUAUCCUUGCAAGGGCGAUGAGCUGGUCCACUGUUCCACAGCCAGGACGGAAUCAGCAUUGUUCCUCCUGAUUCUGAGGUUUGACAAUUGGCUGGAGCCUCCUCUCCAACACCCUGAUGUAAGCUUUCCCUAGUAGUAGUGUGAUCCCCCGAUAGUUGGAGCACACCCUCCAGUCCCCUUUUUUGAAAACCACCCCAAUCUGCCAGUCAACGGGCACUAUCCCUGAUCUCCAUGCGACACUAAAGAGGCAUGCCAGCCAUGACAGUCCAACAAUGCCCAGAGCCUUCAACAACUCAGGGCGAAUCUCAUCCCCACCUGGUGCCUUGUCAUUGAGGAGCUUUUUGACUACCUCAGAGACCUCUGCCAGGGAUAUGACUGAGGCUUCCCCCAAGUCAUCCAAUGCUGCCUCCUCAACAGAGGGCCUUUUGGUCAUAUAAAUCCAAACUCAUAAAUGUAUAUGUGCAUGGCACAUGCAGAUUGAAGCUGUAUGUCAAGUUAUUCAGUGUUCAUGAAAUAUUGUUGUACAAGACAUAAAAUAUAGUAACUACAAGUUUGAUCAAAACAGAAAAACUAAAAUUGGUCUUUGUUUAGUUUAUGGAAAUUACAGCAAAGAAGCAGUCUAUAGUUUCUGUCCAAUGACAGUAACUGAAAUAUCUUAAUAUAAUGUAUCCUAAUUAACAUUGUUUUAUUCAUAAAGAUCUUACUUGUGAAACGAAGUGUGACAACUUGAGUUUUGCUGCUGCACUCAUAUGAAACACAUUCAGAGAAACAUUCAAGUUGACUAACCUGUCUUAUUUUUUUCCAAUUUAAGUUCAGCUGAGGUUACAAAAAUAAUUUCCUGUGUUUGAAUGUCACUUUCAGAUCAUCAGAAUUACUUUUUAAAGUACCUUUGGUAUUAAUGAAUGUAUCGUAUAAACUUGUUUUGUGUGGGCCAGCAGUGGAAUAGCCAUAACUGAUUACAUAACUUAUUAUGAAUUUUUGUUAUUUGUUAUUUCUGGAACUCAAAAUGUCAUAAAGCUGCGCUUGUACAUUUAGCCUCAUAGUGUCAAGUUUAGUUUAGCUAGUUUGCACAUUUAAGUUUGUGCAGGCAAAUUAGAUUUUCCAGUUCUGUCAUUUCUCCAUCAUCUCAGACUCCAGCUGUGGCCAUGGUGUCUCAAAAAGUAAUGCAGCUGCAGGCUAACGGUAAGCUAAGCUAUGUUGUCUUUGAAUGUUUUUGUGUUUUUUCCCUCCGGACAUGCGCAAGUAGGCAGGGGUGAAGAGAAAAAAAAAUACUGGGAGAAUCGUCUAUCCUGCUUUUGAUUUUGAAGGUCAAAAUUGAAUUGUUUACUUGUUUACUAAUUUUGAGUUUGUCUGCACUGCUGACAUCUUCCAAACAGCCAUUUUCAUAGCAGCUAUAGUGAGUUUGUUAUGCCAUUCGUUGGGUGUGAGGUGGAUGGUAUCACAAGAAAAGUGAUGAUGAUGCAUAAUUGCAACUGCAAAAUAUGACGAUACACACACACACUCACAAAUAUACUUGCAUGCACACAAGCAUACCUACAUAAGACCUAACAUGCAAACACACACCCCUGAAUCCUGAGAUGUCUAAUAAACACACCACAUAUAAAGUCAUUUUCUGGAGCCAUUAUGUUGACGUGCUGGUCUAACUGCAUUAACUGAGGUAAGUUCCACUUACUGUACUCUUAAAUAUGAAAAAUGUUACGUGAAGUAUUAGAAGUGAUAAUGAAAUAUUUUCAUCAGUUAAUCCAUGUUCCUCUAUCAUUGCUUUUCACUGAUAAUGUAUAUUAUCUGAUAGUCAUAUAGGUCUGUUUGCUGUGCAUAAACUGCAAAGACAUCACAAGCCUGUUGGUGAUGUUUUUUAAUUUCUAUCACUGUUUAAUGUGAUAAGUUUUCCCACAGUCAUAUUUCUAAAACACCAAUUUAAUUCUGUUGGACAAGACAAUAAGAAAUUCUUUACAACUGAAAUAUAAACAAUUUUUAAAGUGAGAUGAGUGAGAUGCAGUUAAAAAAAAACCUUGGCUGAUAAAAUUACUGUGACAAACGGUUCAACUGACUGAAUGAUUAUCUUCUUUCCAAUAAUUGACAUGUUGUGGUUAUGCUGUUUUUUCCAUCACGACACUUUCAUUGCAUGGCUAUAAAUGUUUUAAUUUCAAUUCCAGUGAGUAAAAUAUAGAUUUUUAUAUUUUAGGUUUAUGCUCUUUUCUUCUGCCUUAGGUGAGUUCUUCUUUCUCUUGUGUUGUUAUCACUGAGUGGCUCUCAGCAGAAUUAAUCUACACAAAUUUUAACUCACAACACAGGUUCUGAAAUCUUCAGUAGUGUCAAGUUUCUUCUGAUGAUUUGGUUGAUUGAAAUUCAUUCACAUUUAUCAUUAUUCAAAGCAUUAAACUGAUAGAUGUUAAAUACUAAAUUAUUCUUAUUCAUUAGUAUGCUGUUGCACCAGCUAUAUGUAAGUUCAAAUGUUUCUUAGUUUGAAGAGUUAAGAUACACUAUCAGAUUUACACCUCACCCAAGCGGGUGUAAGUAGUAAGAGGCAGAUAUAAAUUUUAAGAAAGGGUAGCUAAAAGACAUUUUCCUUCAUUACACUGUAUAUGAAUAAUGUAGAUUUUUUUUUUUACUGUGAAAAUUUUCAUGAUCUAUUUUAAAUAGUGUAUGUCUUAGACUCUAUAGGCCUAUGCUGCUCCUCAUAAUAGUGAGUUAGUUAGUUAUGUGAAUAAUUUUAUGUUAAUAAUAAAAUACUAUUGUAAUGGUGAAACAUUUGUCAGACAUAAAAUCUUCCACAAAAAAGCUUCCUAAUGAUGAAGUGAUUGACACUUUUCACCAUUUUCUGACAUUUUAUAGAUCAAACAAGUCAUCUAUUAAUCGAGAAAAUAAUCGACAGAUUAAUCAUUAGUUGCAGCACUAAAUUUUACUGAAAGGUGUAGUCCUUAAGUAAUCAUAUAAUGAACAAUAAAACAUGAAAUGGACAUAAUGCUCUACAUUGUAGUUGUGUUUCAUCAGACAAUAUGUUCUUAAAUUAAAUGAACCAACAGACCACCUCUCUUUAUACGCAUGGAACAAUUCGCUCUGAGCCUCAUGUAUAUUACUUUGUAAUCUGUUUUUUAUAUUUAAAAUAAAUACUUCACCACUCUAAUCCAAGAGCGUCCAUGAAACAUACCCCAGUUAAAGAGCUUUCUAAGUAGCUCCUGUUCAAAAGUCUUGGUGUAAGUGUAAAAUGUAUGGUGUUACAGUUCAGAUGUUCACAAAAUCCCCAAAUGCCAGACGCAUAAUCUGAAACACAACACACGGGUUGUAUUGUUGUGUAAAGGUACAGAAUAUAAAGUCAAGAGACACCUUCAUGGAAAUAUAAUGAUUCACAUACCUGUGUUGUGUAAAGUUUGCAUGUACCUUAAUGACCCAAAUACAAGAUCAUGUAAUAAUGUCCCCUUCUCUCUGACUUAAUAAAGUCAUUAAAGAAACAGUAUUUACAGGAUGUAAAUGUUUUCUCUUUAACAUGAUAUCCAAUGGAUUUAUCAUGUUUUGAGUUAUGAUUUGUUAAAUUCUCAAUUAGUCAAUUAAUUAUUUAUUCAAUGAAAUGUUAAAAAGUAGUGAAAAAAUGUCAAAUGUUAAAGAUAUUCAAUUCAUUGUCAUAUAUGUGACUAUGAAAAACAGCCACGUUUGAGAAGCUGGUACCACCAAAUUUUUGGCAUUUUUGCUUGAAAAAAUGACUGAAACAAUAAUCGAUUAUCAAAAUAGUUACAGAUUAAUUGUUUGAUGAUCGACUAAUCAAUUAAUCGACAGUCGUUGUAGCUCUAGAAAAAUGGAAUUAAAUUUUGAAAAGCUCCAUCUUGAAGAGGGUUGAUGAUAUUAGAUAAUACACUUAUCAGCUGGGGGUGCACAAAAAAAUCGAUUCACAUAAGAAUCGCGAUUCUAUCUCUGUCGAUUCACAUUUUUCAGUUUUGCCAUGACGCUGUUUUCCAUUUUUUCCUGACAUGAAUAAGCUCGCUAAAUCCCAUAGAUGGCGCAAUGACGCCGCCCCGGACCCAAAUCCGGUGGCAAGAAGGAAGUGAAGUGUGUGUCAUGGAGAGGCUGCAAGCAAUGGAGUACCUGACAGAAAAACAAAUACAACCUGGUCCAUCGGCUAUGAAGGAAAUCAUUUGGACAUAUUUUGGAUUUUCUUAUCUCGAAGGGAAGAAGGAGCUUAAUGCCAUUAUCAGGCGCUGCAACGCACUUCCGCAGGUUUGUGCCAUUGUGGGCUUAUUUAUUUGUAACCGCUGUGAAACAGUCAGAAAAUAACGUUUUAUUGAUCUGAUUCACCAGCUUCCUCACUAACGUUACCAGCACUCCCUCUCCUCAUACACUCUCUAGCUCGCUUGACAACUGCUUCUCUCUCUCAUCUUUUUGAAAUGAGUCAGGAAGCCCUCA